AUGGACGCCGCGGAGGCGUCGGAGCUGCAGGCGCGGCUGGCCGCGGCCGUGUACGCGCUCAACCACGACGCGAGCCCCUCGGCGCGCCUCGCCGCCAACCAGUGGCUCCUCGCGCUGCAGCGGUCUCCGCAGGCUUGGGCGGUCGCUACCUCCCUCCUGGCCGCCCCGGACCCGCCCCCGCCCGCCGACCUCCUCUUCUUCGCCUCGCAGAUGCUCCGCCGGAAGAUCCAGUCCCCCGGCCCCGCGCUCCCCGGGCUCGGCCUGGCGCCGCAGCUCCUCGACGCGCUGCUCCUGGCCGCGCGGCGGUUCUGCGCCGCCCCGGCCCCGCGCCAGCUGCUCACGCAGAUCUGCCUGGCGCUCGCCGCGCUCGCGCUCCGCGCCGAGGGCGGCGUCGACGGCCUCUUCGCGCGGAUGCCGCACCUGCCGCCCCCCGCCGUGCUGGAGCUGCUCACCGUGCUCCCCGAGGAGGCUGCGCAGGACCAGGGCGGCGACACGGGGGUCGACGCCGCCGCGCGGUGCCGGUUCACGCGCGAGCUGCUCGCGCACGCGCCCGCCGUGCUCGAGUUCCUCCACGGGCAAUCCGAGAAGGCACCCACCGAUGACGACGGGGUUCCCCUCCACGAGCGCAACCGUAGAAUCCUUCGGUGCCUACUGAGCUGGGUCCGCGUGGGGUGCUUCUCGGAGACGCCGGCAGCCGCGCUUGCCACGCACCCACUUCUCACUUUUGCGUUCAACUCGCUGCAGGUGUCCUUCUCGUUUGAGGUGGCCAUAGAGGUUAUGACUGAGCUUGUCAGCCAGCACCAAGAAUUACCUGAGGCCUUUCUGAGUAAGACACCUUAUAUAAGGGAAGUUCUUCUUCUACCAGCUUUAGCCAACCGAAGUGAGAAGAUCAUUGCUGGUCUUGCCUGUUUGAUGUGUGAAGUUGGCCAGGCAGCACCUGCUUUGGUUGCAGAAGGGGGUAGCCAAGCACUUGCUCUCACCGAUGGACUUUUGAGAUGUGUAGCUUUUACCAGUGAAGAUUGGGAAAUUGCAGAGUCAACCUUGCAAUUUUGGUGCAGUUUGGCACAUUUUAUUCUUGGUAUUGAUGUGAAGACAGCCAAAAGAAAUGUGGCACAAGAGUUGUUUGUGCCUGUGUUUUCUUCACUGCUGGAUGCUCUUUUAUUUCGUGCUCAGAUCGACACUGAUUCUGAUGGAGCACCUUGUAUACCUGAGGGACUAACAAAGUUCAGGAUGAAUUUGGAGGAGCUCCUCGUCGAUAUUUGUUUGCUUCUAGGUGCCCCUGCAUAUAUAAACAAGCUCUUUUCUGGUGGAUGGGACUUCUCAAGCCAAACAAUUCCUUGGAAAGAGGUAGAAGUUAGAAUGUAUGCACUCAGCAUGGUUGCUGACACGAUUUUACAAGAUGAAAGCUCCUUCGAUUUUUCAAUCAUAAUGCAUUUUGUGAACAUUUUGUCCAGCAGAACACCUGAACUGAAUGGAAGUUUGUUUUUGGUAUAUAAAUCGUUUGGUGAUGUCAUUGGUUCGUACUCAAAGUGGCUAUCGUCUUCUCAAAGUAACAUUAAGCCCUUACUCCUAUUUUGUGCGUCAGGAAUUUCAAAAUCUAUAUCAUCAAAUGCUUGCUCCUUAGCAUUGCGCAAACUUUGUGAGGAUGCUCCUUCAUUCAUCCAUGAACCUCAGAACCUUGAAAUUCUUUUCUGGAUUAGUGAGGGCAUGAAUAAAGGGAACCUGCAGCUAGAGGAUGAGGAAGAGAUAAUUAGUGCAAUCACACAUGCUUUAAGUUCUGUUAGUGAAAAAGAGUUGAAGAAAAGUUCACUGGCCAGGUUACUUUGUUCCAGUUACUCAGCAGUGGAAAAGAUUAUUGACAUAGACAGAGAUCAAUCGCUAAGGCAAAAUCCAGCUGCUUAUACACAAUCGUUGGAUCUUGCUGUCCGUGGUCUUUACAGGAUGAGUGCUUUAUUUCAUCAUUUGGCUACAUCAGUCACAUCUGGUCUGGUUGACGAUGAUAUAAUUAUAGUUCUUAUUGGAAUACUUUGGCCACUUCUUGAAAAGCUUUUCCGAUCAUCUCAUAUGGAGAAUGUGAAUUUAUCUGCAGCUGUAUGUCGUUCUCUUUCUUCUGCUAUACAUUCUUGCGGACACCACUUUCAUAUUUUAUUACCUAAAGUUAUGGAGUGCUUAUCUGCAAAUUUCUUGCUGUUUCAAAGGCAUGACUGCUUCUUGAGGACAGCUGCCAAUGUUAUUGAGGAGUUUGGCCACAAAGAAGAAUAUGGGGCUUUAUGUGUUAGGACUUUUGAAACACUUAGCUCUGCAUCUUCAAUAUCAGCUCUGAAUUCUUCUUAUACCUGUGAUCAAGAACCUGACCUAGUUGAAGCAUAUACCUACUUUACAUCUAUGUUUAUUCGCUGCUGUCCAAAGGAAGCUAUUGUGGCAUCUAGCUCCCUGCUUGAGUUAUCAUUUCAAAAGGCAGCUAUAUGCUCUACAGCAAUGCACCGAGGAGCUGCACUUGCAGCAAUGUCAUAUAUGUCGUGUUUUCUUGAGGCUGUCCUUGCUGCUGUGCUAGAAUCUCCUGAGUGCAUCCCUAACGGGUCACCUGGUGUGGCCCUAAUCCAAAUCUUGGCACGCUGUGGUGAAGGUCUAUUAUCUAAUGUGCUUUAUGCUCUACUUGGUGUAUCAGCCUUGUCAAGGGUCCAUAAAUCUGCCACAAUAUUGCAACAACUGGCGGCAUUGUGCAGUUUCUGUGAGGGAACGGCAUGGAAGGCUGUUCUUAGUUGGAAUUCUCUUUGUGGGUGGCUACAAUCGACGGUGAAAUCUUUGCCUUCCGAGUAUCUAAAGCAAGGGGAAGCUGAAAUUAUAGUUCCAUUGUGGCUCAAGGUGCUUCAGGAUGCAGGCUCAGACUAUCUUUACAGCAGGACUGGUGAUAAUAUAAGAAGCCAUCAAGGUUACAUGCAAGGGAAGGGUGGUAGAACUCUUAAACGCAUAAUCAGAGAUUUUGCAGAAAGCCACCGGAAUGUUCCAAUUCCCAGUCCUUCAUGA